GAAUUCCAUGCGCUUCUUUCCUCUGGUUCUAUCUUAGCAUUGACUAGUCAGCAUCAUGGGACUAGCGGUUCUGCACUCUGGCUGCCCAUUGAUCUUUUCUUCGAAGACAUAAUGGAUGGAACACAAGCUGCAGCGGCCAGCGCUGUCGAAAAUCUAACUGGUCUUGUAAAAGCACUGCAGGCAGUUAAUAGUACAACAUGGCAUGAUGCCUUUCUUGCUCUAUGGCUAGCAGCCUUACGCCUUGUGCAAAGGGAAAGAGAUCCAAUCGAGGGUCCUGUGCCCCGCACCGACACUUUUCUUUGUGUAUUGCUAUCCGUCACUCCACUUGCUGUUGCCAACAUCAUUGAAGAAGAAGAAAGUCAGUGGAUUGAUCAAAGUGCAUCUAGCCCAAGCAACCAGUGGAAAGAGAAAAAAGGAAAAUGCCGACAGGGAUUAGUCAAUAGCUUACAACAACUUGGUGAUUAUGAAAGCUUGCUGACACCACCCAUUUCGGUACAGUCGGUUGCUAAUCAAGCUGCUGCUAAAGCAGUUAUGUCCAUUUCCGGCAUUACAAAUGGUAGUGGAUCUUACGAAAAUACAAGCAUGAACGAAUCUGCAAGUGGCUGCUCUGGUAACAUGCGCCAUCUGGUAGUGGAAGCUUGUAUCUCCAGAAAUCUGUUGGACACAUCUGCAUAUCUCUGGCCGGGGUUCGUAAAUGGGGGAACCAAUCAAGUGCCUCAAGGUAUCGCCGGAAAUGUUUCUUGUUGGUCUCUAGUGAUGAAGGGUUCUUCUCUAACACCAUCAUUGACAAAUUCACUAAUCACAACUCCAGCUUCUAGCUUAGCAGAGAUCGAAAAGAUUUACGAGGUUGCAACUACUGGUUCAGAAGAUGAGAAGAUAGCUGCGGCUUCUAUUCUCUGUGGGGCAUCUCUAUUUCGGGGUUGGAGCAUACAG